GUGACGCCAAACUUGAGGCGAGUGUGUAGGCGAGCGCAGGUGUAAGCAUGUCUGAGUCUGGCUCGUGCUCGUCGUCGUCGAGCGGGGAGAUUGAGGUCAAGGCCGUGGGGAGUGUUGGACGACAGACGGGCGGUGGGCGGGGAGCGACCAGCGGGGGACGGCCGGGUGGGAAUCGGACCGGUGGUGGGGUGCGGAGGCGGCCUGUGUCGAGUUCCCGGCUGGAGAUUGUGGAGGAGGACGUAGCGGCAAGUACAUAUAUCGGUGGUGCUGGGAAGAAGAAGCGCGGAUCCGGACGGGGACGGUCUGGAGGCGACGCAGAGGUCGAGUCGACAAAGCCUGGGCGACCAGAACUGGAACUGGCACAGGUGGAGGACGAGCUGGACAAAUACAUCGGCAAGACGCUGAAGAAGGCCAAGUCCAAGCGCGAGUGGCUCGAACGGAGAGCUAUGAAGCUCGGCGCCAAGCCGUUCAAGAAGGAGAAGGCCCGCGCGCCGUCCGCAUCGGCUUGGCUGAGGCCAAGAAGAAGCGCGAGGCCAAGGCCAAGCUGCAUCAGCAGCAGAUGGGCAUCUUUGAGCGCAAAGCCAAGACCCGCGGCGAGGGUCAUCGCCUCGACGACUUUCGCAAGAUGCGCCGUGGCCCGAACGAGUACGCAAAGGGUAUGCGCGGCAUCAAGGCCUCGGUCGGUGUCUUUAAGAAGGGCACGCUCCACAUCUCGGACAAGAUCCAGCACGACAUCACCCGUGGCAAGCGCCGGCGCUCCACAAAGAGCAUCCUCAAGGACAACCGCAUCGCCCGCCCACCAAAGCGGCGCAAGUGAUCCACCCUGCGCCAUGGCAGCUGCUCGCCGUCUGCGCCGCACCAAAAUACACUCUUGGCGCGCCGCACUCUGCCUGCGGUACAGUCAAUGAACGAGCAUCCAUCAAGCA